AAGAAACGCUUGCAAGGAGAGCUUUAGCAAGCGUUAAAUUUAUACCACCGCAAGGCAACUUUGGCCAGUCUUCUCACUAGUACUGGCCACCAUUAUCAACCUCCUCAACGUUCAAAUACCUUUUCACGACGACCACGCGAUCUUACUGACACUCUUUUCUUCUUGACGCCCGCUUCUCCCAGGCAUGCAGCCUUCGCAGUUGGAGAUUCAGCGCGAGGUCGAGGCUUUGCGAGACAUUAGGCGGCGUUCUACAGCACAAGGUGGACCAGGCGCUCUCAUUCUCGACCCUGAUCUUCCGAAUCCAUCGUCUCCGACAUCACCAACAUCCAGCUAUUGGUCUGCCACUCCGCCUCAGCAGUUACCAGAUGGUGACACCAGCAGCGGCUCUCACGAAGACAGCUCAAGCUCAGAGGAGCGAAGCGCGGGCUUAGACGAUCCUUUUCAUCUUUUUUGGCUCCCAGCUCGUCUUCAUCCCGAAAUCGAUCCGGGCCAGUUUAGCGCCUUUCUCAAGGAACAUGCCCGUACUCCACCCCCAGAUGGAGCCGCUGGACUUGUUCGAUCAAGUUCUUUGAGCGUCCCUUCCACAGGCUUGGGACGCAAGCGUUCAAUGCUCAGCAGGCAGUAUAAACCAUCAGAAAAUGACCAGGUCGAGGACGAGGAUGAGAAGAUUGUCCCUUCGCGCCCCAAUCGCACACCCCUCGCAAAUACGCCACAGCUGACUAUCAGCGACUUACAAAGGCUAGAAGCACUGGCAGAAGAGGCGUCCAAGAGUGACGAUCCUACAAAACUUAGGAACGUGCUCAGGCGAAGUUUAAGCCUUAAUGUAUCUCCUUCAGCCAUGGACAAGAUGGACGAUAUUUCUGACAUGCCAGAUGAGGCUGAUGCACCUAUCAUCGUUCCUCCUCCCGGCCUAAUUCUUCGUCGAGCUGCGCGCACCAAGAUCCGCAAGGCCACCUUGCCUGGUGAUGGCGGUGGUCAUCGGUUUGGGCCCGGCCGCAGGCCUCGUGCUGCCACGCAAGCAGAACCGCGCACCUCCAGUGACCUGUCUUCCAGUGAUCACGUUUCUUCAAGUGAUCACGGUGAUGUCACGGAAACAGGUAGACGACCUCGCGCACUUUCUAACGAAAGCAUGACAAGUGAUGGGCAUACUUCGCAAACUGACGUGUUCAUAGAUGAAACACUCAUCCUCGAAGCAUACCUUUGUGAUGUACCUGAUGGUGAAGCCCCUUCGACCUCAUCGCUCAACUCCAACCCCCCGUUAUUGUCACUUUCCCUAGCACAUGACGAGCUUCUACCAGCCCAAACCGAACCGAACAUGGACGCGUCUACUAAUGCGCUAGUUUUGCAUCAUCCUCAACCCCAGAGACUUCUGAGCGCCCCUUCUGAGGAGUCGUCUCGAACGCCGUCCCCUGAUGCCCCCACCUUAGCAUCAUCUACCGAGGCUAUAGCGGCAUCUGGCCUCCCCCAGAAGAUCCCAAGUCCUGUGCCGAAGAAGGAGAAGGACAGAAAGGGGCUAUUCAAAUGGGGCAGCGACAAAGGUGGGAAGAAGAACGGCAAGGAUAGGGAACGUGAGAAGGAAGUGCAACGGGUGGAAAAGGAGAAGGAGGGCGGGUUCUUCGGGUCCUUGUUCAGCAGUAAGAAGAAGGCUGACGAGCAGGCCUCUCAGCCGCAUACAUACGGGUCUGGGCGAGAGGCUGCUACUGCCUUGCUCGGCCAGUCAAAAUCCUCAAAACAGUAUGUUCCCUCGCCAUCGCCACAACUGCCCGGCGGGCAGGGCACGUAUGCUCGAUACCCUAUCCAUGUGGAACGCGCAAUCUAUAGAUUAAGUCAUAUCAAGCUGGCAAAUCCCCGAAGGCCACUGUACGAGCAGGUUCUCAUCAGCAAUCUGAUGUUCUGGUAUCUAGGUGUCAUCAACAAGACGCAGAACCCUGCGGCGACUCCCGCGGCGCAAAAUCAGCCAGCGGCUACCGCCCCGACCGCGUCCAAUCCUGAUAAUGAACAAGUAGAGAGGGAGAGUGAACGUCAAGAAGCGGAAGAGAGGCAGAGGGUCGAGAAUGAGCGGCUUGAGAGGCUGAGGGUGACGGAGCGCGAAAGAGAGCUUCAACUUCAGCAGCAGCAGCAGCAGCAACCACAGAAAAAGGAGUCACAAAGGAGAGGCGCACUUACAAAGCCACCCAGCGGAUCGCAAGGAGCUCGAAGGGUCGCUGAAAUGCCAAUCAAGGGUCCUCAGUACGAGAUGCAGCAUCGGGAAAUGGAGCAGCAAUACAAUGGAUCCAGCUACGGAUAUGGUUCCCCAUCUCCGACGCCGCCUGGUGGUGAUCCAAGGGUGCAGCGACAGUCGAGUCCGCCAGUGCAUGCGCCUCAGAUUGUCCAGCCGCCAUCGACAAGUUAUGUGUACCCUGGAUACUCGAGGCCUGGGGCAGUAGAUCAACAACAAUUUCCACCUGACACCAACCAGCCCGCUGAACCAUGGGCUUCGUCAUCCACUUCGGGAGCUCCGCCCCUGUCGCGCACACGAUUAACUCCAUCACCCCCUCCUAAUCAUGGUCCAGGUAUUGCUAUCACUCCACAGCAAGCUCCUGCACGCCGUUCUCGGUCUCCACCAGCGCAAAAUAAUAACAGAUACUCUGCCAAUGUAUCAUCCGUCCCUAACCGUGUCCAAGCCACACGGAGCACAACACGCUCAUUAUCUGCGACGGCGACUGCGGGCGCUACUCCUUCGCCCCUCCCCGCAGAUGGGAAGACCAGGAAGGUGACCAGUGCGCAUGCUGUCAUGGCAACGCCACACAACAGAAGACCAAGAGCACAUGCAGAACCUCCACUUCCGCCCCGCACAGAGCGGGGCGAGGAGGAAGAUGUCCCCCUAGCAGUGUGGCAACAGCAACGCCGAAAAUGAUUUCUGGGUGGUUAAUUUUUACCAAUUUCGCGCUUUCGCCUUCCAUUCGCUAAAUUGCUUUUACAUCUCCCUGAGCUUGUAACCCUGACAUUGGUCUCAGCCAUCUAAGACCCAUCACGUUCAGGAUAUUCUUGGGAUAAGUCAUUCACCCAUCGGACCAUUUUACCAUAUAGUACUACUGCUUUAUUCCCCCAGCAUUACGUUGUAUUUGCGUCGUUCAGCAGAAGCACCGCGGCAUCUUCCUGCUUAUACGUUCGUUGUAUUCACAGUGGACUCGUAAUCAAGGAUCUAUUAGAAUUUGGACGUUAGUGAUUCUUUCUGACAUCGGUUUUUUUUUGGCGCAAGGAAGGAAUUCAAGUUUCUUCCGGUGAGACAGUAGGAG